AUUUUGUUUUGUCGGAAACUGUUAUCGGUUUGUGGGAAUCCCUCUCCGGUGUGUCUGUUUGUCUCGGAAUCUACAGAUUCUAUAGGUUUCUUACGUAACAAGUCACUAUACUGUGGGAAAAUAUCCCGAAAAAUGGAUCUCCUUCACUUGUAAUCAUUGUGAAGAAGAAACGACAGGCCAAUAUUCAACAAUGGGAACUCCGGUAAAUAUGAUUGUAGGUUCUCAUGUUUGGGUUGAAGAAGACUCAGACGUGGCUUGGAUUGAUGGCGAGGUUGAACAGCUCACUGGAGAAGAAGUUGUGAUCCAAGCCACAACUGGAAAGAAGAUCACUGCAAAGUUGUCAAAGAUAUACCCAAAGGAUGUGGAAGCUCCUGCAGGUGGUGUUGAUGACUUGACAAAGCUGUCUUACCUGCACGAACCUGGUGUCCUUCAGAACUUAAAGAUCAGAUAUGAACUUAAUGAGAUCUAUACAUACACAGGAAACAUCGUUAUAGCGAUUAAUCCUUGGCCGUGAGAUAGAUGGAUGGAUGGAAGCUAUAUAUAUAUAUAUAUAUUUUUUUUUUUUAUCUUGUUAAUUAUGCUAUAACGAUUUAUAUUUCUUAGUAAGUACAUUGAAAUCUGGUUACAUAAGCGAUUGCUCUAUUGGAGUCUGUAACUUUGGUUGAUGUGUAGAUAUCUCAAAAAACAUGAAUAAAUAUGUAGAGACUAAUGGACAAUAGUCUUUAAUCUCUAA